GGGGGGGAUGUUGUUGCAGGAAGAGGGAGGAUCUCCUGGUGUUUUGGCAGCGAGGGUGCGGAUGAGGGAGAGACUGCGGUGGGGGCUGCUAAUGCUACUCUCGGUGUUUGCCUACGGCUCCCACGCGCCGCUGUUGGGGCUGUGCCGUGUGGAUGGAGAGCUGCCCUUCGCCACCUCCUCCGUGGUGCUGGCGACCGAGCUGACCAAACUGGGUGCGUCUGCCGCGCUGCUGCUGGGGCGCGACUGGACCUCGCUGCCCCCCUCCGCCCCGCCGCUCUCCGCUGUGCUCCCCUUUGCUCUCCCGGCCGCCCUCUACGCCCUCAACAACAACCUGGCGGUUCACAUGCAGGGCUCGAUGGAUCCUGUCACCUUCCAGGUGCUGGGCAACCUGAAGAUCAUGGCCACGGCCGUCGCCCGCUGCCUGCUGCUCCGCCAGCCCCUGUCUGCCCGACGCUGGGCUGCCCUGGCACUGCUGGUGGUGUCGGGGGCCUGCCACGUUGGCGCGGUGAACCAGGCACGAGGCGGGCCCGAGGAGCCCGUGAGGCUGUUCAUCACGCCGCUGGGCACGGCUGCCAUCGCUCUGUACUGUUCCGUCUCCGGCCUCGCCGCCACCCUCACCGAACACGCUCUGAAGUCCCAGCCUUUCCCCCUCAGCCUCCAGAACCUCUUCCUCUACAGCUUCGGGGCGAUUGCCAACUUAGUGGCAUACCUGGCCGGCCCUCCCACCGCCGGCUUCUUCCAGGGCUUCUCGCCUGUGGUCGGUGUGAUCAUCGCCUCCCAGGCCUUGAACGGACUGCUCAUGUCCGCCAUCAUGAAGCACGACAGCAGCAUCACUAGGCUCUUCAUCAUCUCCUGCUCCAUGCUGGUCAACGCCGGCCUCUCCGUCCUCCUCUUCCACCUGCGUCUCACCCCCUUGUUCUUCCUGGCCGCCUGUCUCAUCUGCUUCGCCAUCCACCUCUACUACCACGUUCGAUAGCCCCGGGAGAGCGGCAGGACCGCCACCUCGAACACUCGUGACCCGACAUCGAACACACUCUUUCUUCGUCCGAAACACAGUGGCUCCCGCGCCAGAGACACGGGUUUGAUCCAGAUCCCGACCUCGAGUGCUGUGCGUGGUCUUUAUACUUUAGAGCUACGUCACGGAAACAGGCCCUUCGGCCCACCGUGUCCGCACCGACCACCGAUCAUCUGUACACUAGCAUUAUCCUACACCCUGGGGACAAUUUACAAUUGUACCAAAACCGAUUAACCUACAUACCCGCACAUUGUGGGAGGAAACCGGAGCACCCAGAGAAAACCCAUGAUGUCGCAGGGAGAAUGUACAAAAUCCAUACAGACAGCACCCGUAGUCAGGAUUGAACAUGGGUCAAUCACCAGAGACCCAUGUUUGAUCCUGAUGCCGACCUCGGGUCCUGUAUACAUGGAUGUUGCAUGUUCUCCCUGUGAUUGCGUUGGUUUUCUCUGGGUGCUCCUGUUAUCUCCCACAUUCCAAAGGCCUGCAGGUUUGUAGGUCAAUUGGCUUCUGUUAAUUGUCCCUAGUGUGUAAAAUAGAAUUAGUGUAUGGGAGAUUGCUGGUCAGCGUGGACUUGGUUGGCCGGAGGGCCUAUUUCCACGUUGUAUCUUUCAAUCAAAAAUAUUCACUUCCUCACUUCCUCAAAAAUAUUCACUUCCAAGAAUAUAUGGGUUUGAGUUUGUUUUCAUCUGGCCCCACUAAACACCCGAUAAAUUAGCAAGACCACCUUGUUCUAUCUUUAACAAAUCCUUCUCCUGAAUUUAGUGCUGCUGAACUUUGGGUACAAGGUACUACAUCCAUGCUGUAACUUUGUGGUUAGUGUAUGUGACCAAUGGAAAACAUUCCACUCAUUCUUUUACCAGAUUUUGUGGCUUUUUAAAAAAAUUCUUUGGUGUUAGAUUUUCUAAACUUCCACCAGAUGGAGUCUAGCUUUCGGGGUGGCAUAGUGCCAGAGACCCGGGUUCAAUCCUUAACUCAGGUGCCCGCCUGUAUGGAGUUUGUACGUUCUCCCUGUGACCGCGUGGGUUUUCUCCAGGUGCUCGGGUUUCCUCCUACACAGGUUUGUAGGCUAAUUGGUUUCUGUACAAAAUUGUAAAUUGUCCCUGGUCUGUAGGAUAGUGCUAGUGUGUGGGGUGAUCGCUGGUCGGCGCGGACUCGGUGGACAGAAUUAUCUUAUUCUCCGAAGACUAAAAAUGACAUGUUGACACUCUAACUUCUGUUCUGAUAGUCCAUAGUUUCCAACUAUGGGGUUGGUCUCAAGAGGAACUUGCUUAAAGAGACUGGCACCACUGUGUCCAGUUAUCAUCGAUCAGUCCGUUGACCAUCAAGUCUGCCUAUAAAGAUCAAUCCCUUUCUCAGGCUGGGUACAAUGGUUUGGUUCAAUGGUGCUUAAUUGUCAAGUGUGCACUGCACAGUGAAAUUCUUUGUACAUUGCUCACAGAUGCACAAGUAGCCAUAAUUUAGGUGCCAUUUACAAAAUUCAAACGUCCAGUCCAGUCCACGCACUCGAUGUACUGGAGCGACUCCUGAUUCAGAUAAGCCCCAGGCCCGCAAACUGAUGAAGCUCUCCUCGCCCGAUCACCUUUGUGUCCCGGGGCGCUUCCUGCAGCUGACCUUGCAGGCGCUUGAGGCAAUACCCCGGUCCCUCUCCUACCGGCCCACUCCUCGCGUCCGUCGUCACCAGCCGGUCCCACCAUGGCUCUCCAGUCUUCAGGGCCGAGCUCGACGGCUUCCAAACCCCCCCCCCGGAGGCUGCGGCCCACCAGGUCCUCCUCCGCGGCGGAGAGCCAGUGUUAAGGUUCAUUUCUUAAAGACAGCCAACCCACAAUAGGUUAGGUAAACCAACACAAACUUUAUUGAUCAUCAGCCGGCGAGAGUGUCAGGGAUACAGAGCCAAGUAUGCAACAGACACUUAACUCUCCCUGAGCCACCACUCUAAUGAACAAAGACAUACAGCAUAGAAACAUAGAAAUUAGGUGCAGGAGUAGGCCAUUCGGCCCUUCGAGCCUGCACCGCCAUUCAAUAUGAUCAUGGCUGAUCAUCCAACUCAGUAUCCCGUACCUGCCUUCUCUCCAUACCCCCUGAUCCCCUUAGCCACAAGGGCCAAGCAUCUUUUAUAGCAUUUUGGAAAUGUCGUUUAACACAAAUCAAUCACAGGCUGUACCCAUUCAACGUGUACUUGUCACUGACACAAUAUUUGAUCUAUGGUUAUAUCAAUCAGAAACUUUAGUUCAAAAACCCCUAAACAACAGGAACUUAGUCUAUCAUCUGCAGUACCUUCUUAAACAAUGUAAAGAUCUUUAUCGAUUACGCACAGAAGUUUCUGUUUACAGAAAUUUCCAAGUCCCCAGGAAACACAUCCUCUCCCACUAUUCUUAAUGGUCUUUUGCUUGGGCAUAACAAGUAGCACUAUCAGAAGGGCAGACAUCUAACUUCUUGAUUCCCACAGCUUUUCUAGUAUACUACAGAAUUAUAAAACUUCAGUUUAUUUAGAACCCAAAAAGGUCAAGCUAAUCUUUUACUGAAUAAAAUAUUUUACACUUCAAUUAUUUCAUAACCAGGAUAUUCUCAUUAGGCCCGCUGCCUUACGUGGCCGCGGGAAGCCCAUUGUGUCUUUCUUCGCUCGACUCCGCGCUGUUUCUCGGGAGCCUUCCCCACUGAUAUUACCCCUGACAAUCUAUCUCACAAUCUCUCUGCGGGUCUGCCUUCAUUUGUAAACCUUGUCGGUAUAUGGAAAACUGACAAGAAACCAAAGCUUUAUUUAAGGUGCUGAAUAAGUUGUACACUUCCAGUAAUUUGUGUUUGGGGUGGAUGUGUAACCUAGCUCUUGCUGAGUUAUAGUGACCACACCCUAGACACACGCCACCAUUGCUGUCAAUGUGUGGCUGGAGGGAACUCUGUUUACAUACUGUUAUGAAUGAACUUGCUUAAAAUUCCUUAUCCCAUCAUGUAUCUUCAUCAGUAAUGUAAUAUCUUUCAAAUGUAUGCCAACGCUGUUGCCUUGUAUUAAUCAUUAAAUAUGGAGAGUACAUUUUGUAUACAGGCAUUCCCCGACUUGUGUACGGAUUGCACUAGUGGUAGAGUUGCUGCCUCACAGUGCCAGAGACCUGGGUUCGAUCCUGACUAUGGGUGCUGUCAGUACAUCGUUUGUAUGUUCUCCCUGUGACAACAUGUUUUUUUUCCGGACCCUCAGGUUUCCUUCCACACCAAAGACGUGCACGUUUGUAGGUUACUUGGAUUUGGUAAAAUUGUAAGUAGGAUAGUGUGUAGGAUAGUGCUAGUGUAUGGGGUGAUCGCUGGUUGGCACGAACUCAAUGGGCCGAAUGCCCUAUCUCCCACUUUAUCUCAAAACUAAAUGCUCCGUGAACCCUUACAUGAAUCAGAUUUUACGUAAGUCGGAAUCACUGUCCCACCCCGUCCGAAAUAAUUCACUGAGUAUUAACUGUCUCGGCGGCAUCUGGCUGCUUACAGGGCACUUUCUGCGAUGUGCAGCCUUCUGGGUAAGCACGCUGCCAUUGCCAGCAUGAUUCCAAUUUAAACCUGUGAUCGUAGUGUUGUGGCGAUUACAAACUGCCUUGGUUGCACUAGGGACAGCACAGAAUUGUUUAUGUAAAUGGCCUAUUGCGUUAAGUCGGGCAGUGUCCACAUAUUCAAUUUUCCGACAAUCUUGGUUCCAGAGCCUUGCUGUAUUAUAUGCUUUGCGGGACCAACAGAGGUCAUGGCCUGGGGGGGGGGUCCCUGAGAUAGCAGCACCAAAGACGUCCGCGGAAAUCGGCUAUAGGAACAAAUCCGCUGGGACCGCUCCCUUAUUGGUCAUAGGAUAGUUCAGUUGCCUGGUGACAGCUGGGGAGCAGCUUAUAGGACGAUAUGUGUACCAACACCUUUUUGUCCCAGACCAUCACGCAAAUCAACCUCCCUUCCAUUGUCGGUAAGGCAGUCAAGGACCAAUCUCUCUCUCCCCGGUCACGCCAUCUUAUCAGGGAAAAGGUACAGAAGUGUGAAAACGCACACCUCCAGAAUAUAGGACUGUUUCUUCCCAGCUUUUAUUCGGCAACUGACCCAUCCUAUCACCAACUCGAGAGCGGUCCUGACCUCCCAUCUACCUCAUUGGAGACCCUCCGACUAUCUUUAAUUGGACUUUACUGGACGAUAUCUUGCACUAAACAUUCCCUUUAUCCUGUAUCUACAAUGUGGUUGGCUCGAUUAUAAUCAUGUAUAAUUUUUCUGCUGACUGGAUAGCACGCUACAAAAGCUUUUCACUGUCCUUCCGUACACGUGAUAAACUAAACUAAAGUUUAAAAACAAGCUCUGGUUCGAACAAAACAUGACAGUGCAGGAACAUGCCCUUCGGCCUUCAAUAUCUCUGCCGAACAUGAUGCCAAAUUAAACCAAUCUCUUAUGCCUGCAAGUGAUCCAUAUCCCUCCAUAAAUCUGAAUUCUGGUCUCAGCUGCAGUGUAUCAAGUGGACAUGUUAAGUUUGUAAUUUCCAUGACAAGUGAAAGGGGUUCUACCUUUUUAGUCGCUGUCACCGUUGGUGGGAGCUUCCCAGCAUUUGGAGUUUGCUUUAAGGCUGUCGGCCACAACUUUGGAAACGUACUUGAAAGGGAAUGCAUCAGACAGUGGAUGUAUUGCUUCGAGAUGUAUCAUUCUGGAUCUGCAGUCUGCUGCAAGCACUAUGUACACAUAAUGCUUUACGUUCUGAAGUAAAGAUAUUUUAUGAAUCGGU